ACUUAUGAGGGGAUAAUAAUCAUCUACUCUGUGUGUGUGUGUGUGUGUGUACAUGUACAUUAAUCUUUAAUGUAUAAAUAUAUAACAACUUUAAAAUAUGUAAUCACAAGGAUUUAGUUACAUGUUUUGAGCUUUAAUUGUGUUUACUCAUUGUAGCAUGUCCAUUCCUUCUUAUAAUACAAAUUUACACAGAAAAAUCUUGUCAGCUAGUUGACAUAAAUGAGAAAAGAUCUGUAACUGGUGUCUAGUCCCUGUGAACUAAUGCAGAGCAAAAUGAUUGAGUGGGAAAAUAGUGUAUUGUACAUACUAUGGAUGUUGACAUAUUUCCAUUGUUUUGAGGGGUAAGAAUAAGGUUUUGUCACCAAGAUACUUUCCAGUCCACCUCUUUCUGAUAGCAUGGCUCACUGUUCAGGCCGUUAAUAGAAUGACAUCUGUAUAUCUGACGGCUUUGACUGAGCAGUCAUGAGAAGAGUGCAAAAUACAGAAUGAAGACAACACAGCUCAUACCAUGAGCUUAAUAAAUGUUGCUUUGGCUACUAGAAUGUGUUUACUUUGCUGUCUCUACUGAACUUCAGUUAUUAGUAUGACAGACAUGGAUGAGGUCAGAAAGAAAGCAGGAGUAUUGUACUUCCUGGCAAAAAUUCCAGAGUUUAAUCUGAUACCCCUAUAUAUUAUAGCAUAGUGUUGGUUAAUCCAGAAGAGCAAAUCAACACACAAUCAGCUGCAUGUUGACAUGGAUGAUCUAUUUUAGGCCCAGUACAGCAGUGUUAAGUUAUAUAAAUUAAGUAACAUUGGAAAUAUGCUUUUACCUCAACAUUGUGAUCCAAGAUUGAAUCUCCAUGGUAUGCCACAUUUUAGGCUGGACAUUUUGAAAUACAAUUUUCAGCUUAAGAACUUGAGCAUAUGUUAGCUGUGAUGAAAUAAUAAUGGAUUGUUAUGUUCCCUCUUUGAUUCCAGUAAGUGGCAAGUGAAAAGAACCAUAUGCUUGACUGAUGAUGCAUAUGAUAGUCUUUAUUUUUUGGUAGUUGACAAGGUGUAAAUUAGUAGAAAAAUGGAUAGCAUUAAGAAAGAAACAGAUCUAAAUCCCAUAAUCUACAUGAAUGCAUUCACUAAUGGGUUGCACAGCUGAGGGACUAUCAUAUAUCAUAGUGAAUGUCUUUAGUAGCUUUAUAGUCAUCAUUUCGUAGGUUGUAUUUUUGGCCAAAACAAUUAUUUGAUAUUUUUGUGUUUAUACAGAAGUUCACUUUCAAAAACUACACUGAGAAUUAUUCACUGGAGUAAGAUGGGAGAGAACUAGCAUCAGUCUCCCCUAAAUGUAUAAGAAAAAGGGCAGUAUUUGUACUAAACUGCAUGGACUACUCUUUCUGAAAAUUAAUUUUACUGUUAGCAUUUUAAAGUAGGCUACUGUGUUGCAAUUUAAACAUCGCAUUAACAGCAUUUGAGGUCUUUUCAACAGUAGAUGGCAGUGCGCGCGCAUUAAAUGGGGACGAUUGUGCAAAAGAUGGUACAGCAUGAAAACAAACUUCAAACUUUUUUGAACUCCAAUUCGUCUAUUUAUGUUAUUAUUCUUAUUUAGAAGAAGAGUAUUUGUCAAUGUUAUAUAAAAAACCAAUACAAUUUUACUAAGAAAAUUCUUAGCAAAACAGAAUAAGUAGACACCUUUCAUUGUUUAUUAUUAGUUAAGCUCAUUCGGUUUAGCAUAAUUUAUUUAUAUUAAAUUGGCAUUCUGGCAAUAAUAUUAGUCCACUGACAAUGGUAUUGGGGAUUUGAAAAAAACGUUACCGCUUCGAAAUAUCUUUCCAACGGGGGGCGCUCUUUGAAUACUAAGCAACAGGCUUUCAGUGUUACUCACAUUCAAGAUAUUAACGCUAUCUAAAGAGCAAAGGGGAGUUUCCAAAGUCAUCAAGUCCAUCCAACUUUGCCAUUUUCGGCCAGAGACCACUGAAAAUGACUCCCAAGAAGACUGCCGCUCCCUUCCUAUGGUUUUCCUUUUGCUUUGGGAAUAUUAUUGAGGCAGUGGUGCUGGGAUCGGUGGAGUACCCCUCUGAUAACGGGCUUCACUCACAUCUGGAUGCGCGCGGUCCUGCAGAAGCCAGCACAAGCUCCCGGAACGACUCCACAUCUGUUCAUGUUCCGUCUUACAUGAUCUCUCUGUACAGGACUCUAUCAGAACUGGACCGACGGGGAGGCAACGGCAGCCAGACGCGCUCCAGGAGAUAUGCCAAUACAGUGACCAGCUUCAUGGACCUGGGACAAGACGAGCCUUCCCUAAAGUUCCAUCAGCAGUACACAUUCGACCUGUCUGGUCUCUCAAGACUGGACGAACUGAUGGAGGUGGAGCUGCGGGUUCUGAGGAGGCCACCGCCUGAUGUCUUAAGUUUACUCUCCCGUGGUGGGAACCUGUACCGACUUCUCCUUCACACCUGCUCCCUCCCGGGAUCCUCUCACAAACCUCUGCUCCUCACCUCCAGGACCAUUGAUCUUCUAGAUACCGCUUCAGCCACAUGGGAUGUGUUUGACAUCGGUGCAAGCGUGAAGACCCACCUGAAGUUGCACAGGACCGUGGAAGGCAGCAGGCCGUUGUGUUUCAGCAUAUCCGCCGUUUCUGAUUCAAAUAACGAGGUCGUGCAUCCCGGGAUGCUGGGUCUGAGCCACGAGGAUCAGCAGACCCAUGAAAGAGCCUUACUGGUAGCCUUUUCUCGAGCUCGGAGGAAGGAGAACCUCUUUAGGGAGAUCCGUGAGAAGAUAAGGGCCAUGAAAAGUCGUAAAUUUCCUGCACCGGAGCAUGAUAUUAAAAGUCAUCCAAGACAUCGGCGGAGGAGACGGACAGCACUAGCAGGUCGUCCUGGUGUAGGACCUGGUACUGGGGGCGGCGGCGGAGGAAAGGGAGGUGGCAGACGGAGAACACGUUGCAGCCGGAAGCCGCUUCACGUGAACUUCAAAGAACUGGGUUGGGACGACUGGAUUAUUGCGCCACUAGAUUAUGAAGCUUAUCACUGUGAGGGUUUGUGUGACUUCCCGUUGCGCUCACACCUGGAACCGACCAACCACGCCAUCAUCCAGACUCUCAUGAACUCCAUGGACCCAGAGUCCACCCCUCCAAGCUGUUGUGUUCCUUCUAAACUCAGUCCCAUCAGCAUCCUGUACAUUGACUCUGGGAAUAAUGUAGUUUAUAAACAGUAUGAGGACAUGGUGGUGGAGAGUUGUGGUUGCAGGUAGCAAUGUGAGCGAGGGGUGAGCUACCCCUGGACCCUAUCCGAAAGCUGCCGCUGCCUCAUACGCAGAGGCCAAGCACUGCAUUGUCGGCAAGAUGAAGCAGUCAGAGCUGGUGAGAGGGACAGUGUGUAAAUGUGUGACAACGAGCAUGUGUGUAUGUUCAGAUGGUGAUAAGACAUUGAGUUGUGUUUUAGAAGCGAGCAGAGGACAUGUGUGCUGAACAGCUCCAAAUUCCCUUACAACACCAAAUAAACAACUCGUCAACAGAAAAUGAGUGAAAACCUAGGCUUUCCAGAAAUUAUUUUACAUCCUGUUAAUGUAAACUCAGAGAUAGAGUGUUGAAGUAUCCUUGCAGCAGGCGUAGAAAUGUUGGCCCAGUUAAGACUCAGAGUCGGAGAAUCUGUCAGCGGUAGCACGCAACUAUAACGUGUAUAACAGUAAAGGUGCUUUGCAUGACAGUCAGCUUAUAUUCAAGAUGAAAUAUCUCCGAAGAUUUCGAUAGUACCUCUGAAAAUUAUUACUCUGAGGAGUCUAGUGGCCUUAAUCAAAUAUGGCAUUGACUGAGUGAAAGUUAACACUUUUGACUCCAUUCUGAAUCUAAGGGGUCAAAGUGUUGCUGGUUAGCAUGGCCUCAUUAGCUCCUGCUGGUAGAUGUCAUAACUACACCAUGUGGCUGAAAAAACAGCUUUCUCAAUUGACGGCCAUUCAAAAAAGCUGUACAUUCUAAUGGAAUACAUUUUUAAAAGCAACAUUUAAUUGACAGAUCUUUCAUUAUAUUAAAGUAGGUGUUUUACCAGACUUUUUAAAGUGUAAAACUGGCAUUUUUUACACUGUCUUUUAUAACAGCGCAGGAUAGUUACUAGUAAAGGAUUUGGGACUGUGCAUGUGUGAUCCCAUCAGUCACUCAGCAUUGUCAUGACAUAAUUUUCCUGCAGCUUUAGAGUGAUUAGUCACAUGGCAUUUAUGGCUCAAGAGAAUGGCUCAAAAACUAUGGGUCCAGAAUAAAGAUGACAGAUUUAAAAUUGCAUACUUCUAAGAGUCCUUCUCAUACUAACCGACAGCUUUCUCCUAGUACCUAGACCUCCUUAAUCAUAUAUACACAGUACGGUUUUCCUUUUUUGAACUUUAGAUGCUUCUAGAACCAAAAGACACAUGUAAUAAUUGAGCAUGACAGUUCUGAAUGUUAUAUCAACACAACAUUUGAUGUACAAAGGUGGAAAUCAGGCUUCUUUUUUUCAACAUUGACACACAUGAAAAAAAAAAGGAUUAACCCAUAACAUUGUUUAGCCAACCCGAUCUCACGGCAAUUCGUACUUCGUACAUUUUACGAGGUGGCUAAUUUGUAUGAAUUCGUACAACCUCACUCAUAUAAAUUUGUAUGUUUUUUGCUAAAUCUUACAUAUUUUACGAGUUUCCAAAUUCGUACGAAUGACAUACCCGUCACUGGGGUUUAGACAAAUCGCAUGAAUUGGUACGAGUGAGGUCGUAUGAAUUCGUACGAAUUAGCCACCUCGUAAAAUACGUACAAAUUGGUUGUGAGAUAGCAUUGUGUUUAGCACAUCAUUUUACAUUCUUAAAAUAACAUACUAAGCUGUCUAAUGAGAAGGAGAAACCAGGCGUUUUAUACAAAAAAGGUUGAUGACACCACAUUUGACUUCGGUCAGAUGACAAUGCUGCAGUAUAGUACAUGAUGUGUGCAAUAUGUGCAAGAUAAAUGACUUCAUUGCUUUGAGCGACCUCAGACCUUAUUUUGUGAAAGGCGCUGUGGAGCCAAAAUCAAAAUGAUUGUUUUGUUUUAUCCUGACACUAGAUUUGGCUGUUUGAGGAUCUACUUUCAGUGUUCACCUACAUUUACUGAGAGGGUUUGUUUACUUGCUCUGGUAAUGAGAUUAGAUUACUUUUAUGCUUUAAUGUCAUGCCUUAUUAUGGAUGAUCAUACAAAUCUGCAGUAUUUUCUCAAAUGUUUGAUUUAAAUCAUUUAUGUAUGAAUGAAAGCCACAAGGUAAAAAAGUGCCUUGCACCAUAAGUAUAACAAAAAAAGGACCUAAUUUAUGCCCAACUUAAAAGCUUUAAAGGGAUUGUUCACCUAAAAAUUCUAUCAUCAUUUACUCACCCUCAUGUCUUUCCAAAUCUGCAUGAAUUUCUUUCUUCAGCGUAACAUAAACGAAGAUAUUUUGAAGAAUGUUGGUAACCUAAUAGUUUUGGUUACCAUUGACAUCCAUUGUUUGGCCAAAAAUAUCUUUUAUGUUUCACAGAAGAAAGUAAGUUUGGGUGAAUUAUUCCUGUAAACUCAUUUUAGUUUAGUUUAUAUGAAAGUUUUAUAUAGAACCUCUUUUAAAUGACAUCAAUCCAUAAGAACAAAAUCAAAAUAAAGCUUCUAGUGUUCAUUAAUCUCAGUGUCAAGGCAGAAAUAUUUGCCUGCUUACUGUUUAUAUAACAACUGUUUCCUCUAUGAAGAAAUACAAAGCAGAUUUUAAUUCAUAACAGCAACUGUUUUUCUUUUUUUUUGACAUUUCUCCAUGGUAAUUCCCCUCAAUCAAUGUUGGUCUCACUGUAUGGGAAUGAUAAUCACCUAAAUUGUCCAUGGUGGCAUUAUGAAAGUUACAUUCCUAAAUCAACGGACCACAGAAGAAUUAGCCAGAGCAUCUGUGCAGUUUAGAACAAUAUAACGGCACGAAAUCUGUGCGACUCUCAAGGAAACUUCCUGUGUGGUUUUACGGUACAUUAUUGUCGUGACUGUUGGUGUACUAGUUUGUUGUUUUGAUUAUUUUUUAGUACUUUGGCAGAAAUAUGUUCUUAACUUUUACGUUACCAUUACUUGUUAAAUUAAGUCGAAGAAAGUUGCAUCCCACACAAUAUUUCUUCAGUUCCCAUUCAAAUCAUACUGAUCUGUUUUUGUUCUGAGGCAAAAUCUUGUUCUGCAGACUGCAGGAAUGAACUCAGGACUGUUUGAAAAGAUAAAGCAAAAUCUAUUUCAAACCUAUAAAAACAAAUUAAUUUCAUCUGGCCAGUCAAGGAUAGUUCAAGCAAUUUCUUUCGAAGUCCUUUCAUUGUAAACAUUCCCAACUGUAUGUGCUUGCUCCUUAAUCUAAUUCCUCUCAAGGCAGUUUCUCCAAACAAUUUGAUUCUUUUUAUAAGCAGUCUUUCUUUCACUAUUGACACGAUCGUGAUAGCACACCUAGCUGGAACAGAUGAACUUUACGGGACGCCAUCUUUGGUUCAAGGAGAUAAAGAGGCAUGAAAAGUGCCGUUGCCUCUUCUGUUGUUCGGAGGUCUGGAGGUUAUCAGCUUAAGCGCUGCAUGGGUUACUUCAGCUGUGCCUCGCUAUUUUACUAAAGUGAAAAGCCUUAGGAGACAUUUAGUAGAGAAGGAGUUUCAAUUCAGCAUGCCAAGUGCUCUCAGAGAAAUGAAUGCAAAGCCUGCAGGAUUGUCAUGGUUCAGUAGAGGGGUUUGGCACCCCUCGAAUAUACUUUCUGAUCAGUGCUAAGCAAUGUUAACUUACCUUCACUGAUAUGUUUUAUUUUACUGUAAGCUGGUAAAAUAUAUGUUGCUCAAAAUAAAAAAAAAAAAUAAAAAAAAUGGAGGGAACAAUAAGCCGUGACUGAUUUUUUUUUUUUUUUUUUUUUUUACUAGAACAAAGGCUUAAAAUAUAAGUGUAAAUUAUUGUACACAUGCCAAAAACUUUUUUUCUUAAUUUAAUGCAUUUAGUGUUAUGUAUUUAACUGGCUGCGAAACUUAUCAUUUUAAAGUACAAACCAAGAAUAAUGUCCAAAACUGUUUUAAAAAAGGGAGAAUGUCUUUUUUUGUUGUUGUUGUUGUUGAGUUUCCAUUGUAAAUGCACUGUGUAUGUAAGAGUAUGUAUACUGUUAGAUAAAGAAGUGUACAUAAUUCAAUUGUAAAUUAUCUGCAAUAUAUUGAUUUCUUUUUUUUCUUUUUUGAACAAUGUUUAUUAGUAUAUGUAUAAUAUAUAUAUAAACAAAUUUAAAUUUAAAAGGCCAAAAGUAAACACACUUAGCAUCUUUUCAUACUUCUAUAUUGCAUUGUCAUUUUUGUAUAGAUGAUUUUAUAUACUGUGUAUAUAUAUAUUAAAAAAAAAGUAUUGAUGGAAAAAAAAAAAAAAAACUCCCGCACUCCCGCAGCAAAUCUUCUUUCCCAGACAUCCACAUGAAAGUGAACCUUCGGUGACUGUCUGACUCACCCACGGUUCCGGAAUCAUUAUUGGGUUUGUAUUUUGUCUCAUUUUUUUGCCAGAAAGUAUUCAGGAAGUUUCCAGGUGAUUCUAAAUUCCACACAACACAGGGUGAAGAGGGGGAUACGUUAUUGUCCGGAGCUGGUAGGGGAGCCGUGCGGCAUUGUGUGCUGAACUUCAGGAAACGCUAAUGUGUGGAGGGUCCCUGUGGAGGUAUUUUUUUUAACGAAAUGAAUGACUUUGUGCCCUGCCAUUGAGCACUUGUCCAGAGAAGGUUAUGAUGCAAGAGCAACUGGAGGAGACGGCUCAUCACUCACUUUUAUUACAAUACCUCCAAUAUUUAAAAAGGAGUAACAGAGAUAACUUAUUCAAAGACGUUUAUGCCGUCUGUUAAUCUGUUUUUGAUGGAUACCAAAAAACUAAUCUGAAUCAAGGUCACUAAUAUUUCCUUUGUUGAGUCUACAGAUAAUGCAAUAAUACAGUAUAUCAAACAAUUAUUAGAGACAGAGAAUAGGUGGCCCCUCACCAAGUCCAUAUUUUAGGAAUGGUUUUAAAUGAACACUGACCCCCACAUAUUUGAACAACUGCCUGGAGUCAAUGACUAGAGGGGAUACAGUUUUUCUUUAAGAGAGGAAAGAUCUUUUUAAACACGCUUGUUUCUUUUUUUAUUGAAUCAUGUCGAAGAAUCACAACUGAGACCAAAAAAAAAAAAAAAAAAAAAGCACUGAAGUGUCCAGACUUUGACAUCGGUUCAGAUGUCUUUUCCUGAGAGCCACUUUGGCCCAUAUAAAAUCUCAUUCAGGUCAAAAUUUGAUAGACAGUUUGAGAUGGAGGAAAUGAUGAGGCUGUCAUCCAAAUGUUUUCUUGGGACAAAUAUAGUCAGAUACUGUAGUACAACUGGCCUGAAUCUUUCAUGUAGACACUUGACAGUGGGUAUCAAUGCUAUUUUUAAAGAUGAAUGCAUAAAAUUAUACUAAAAAUUAUAAAAAAAUAAAUAAAAUAUGCUACAUUUAUUAAUAAAAUAAAUAUAAAUAAAGACACUGUUUUUGUCAUCUAAUAAAUCUUUUGCUACACAUUUUCUAUUUUUUAUUGAAAUAUAAAAAUAAAACAAUGAAAAAUAAAAACAAAAUUAUAAAAACAUUAUUUUUGUAAUUUUUUUAUUGAAAUAUAAAAAUAAAACACUGAAAAAAAAAAUUAUAAAAACAAUGUAAAGUAUACAAAAUACAGUAUGAUACAAAAAAAAUGUUAAAACAAAAAAGACAUUUAUAUCAUUUUUUAGUUAGCUAAUAAGUGACAGCAUUCCUAUAUGUCAUUUAUCCUUUUCUACAUAUUUUAUUAUUUUUAUUGAAAUAUAUUUUUAAAAUAUAGUUUAUAAUAUUGUAUAAGUAUGGCCAGUGCAUGUUGUAACAGUACAUAUCAAACAAAUAACUAAAUAAAUAAAUGUUGUAGGAUUGCGUCCAUUUAUCUAACAAUUCUCUAAUAGGUUACAUUUUGGUUUGCACUUAAACUAGAACUGCACAAUAAAAUCCACGACUUUUCUCAAAAGAAUUGGCCAUUUACUAUUUCAUAAAGCUUUUCCAGCACGGGGAAUCGGCUUGCCAAAUUUGUCACACCUGUUUCAUGUGUCCCUUCUGAAUGUACUAUAUGCAUUAUACAGCAUUACACCGAACGUAAUUACGAAACUGGUGCCCACAAAAUACUAAAGACUCAUAAAGUACUAACUGUUCUGGUUUCAUGCACAUGGUUAUCAGCAGUUUAAUAUAGCUGAAUGCAAAGGCAGGUUUCAUUGCAUCAAACUCAGGGUUGGCUGGCUUGACUUAUAGUGUGUUUUUCCCAUUAAGAUUUUCAUACAUUUCUGCUCAUUGUAUUUCACUUCACUUCUUCUUAAAGCACAUGAUUCCACUAUUACACUCUGAUAUUAAUGUAAAUGCUGUGUUUAAACUGAUCUAAUUCCCCUAUAAACCGAAUCAAUAGCAAUGAUGGGCCACCGUGGGGGACAAUUCUGGCUCUCUGUAAGUUACACAACCUGAAAAACAUUUUCAAUACUCCCGUGAGAGCGGGCUUGUGGGAUGGGAUGCACUGUUUGCUUUUCCUACACUCACAGUUUGUGUCAUUGAAGGAGAAUGUAGGACCUGAAUUAUAUAUAUGAAUAGUUAAUAGCUACAGUAUCUGUGCUGCUAUAAUAAGAAAAAUUUUUUUGGAAGACAAAUCUCACAACAGCACCAAAUUCAGUAGGUUUACAUAUAGUAGAAAAGAUCUAUUUCAAUUUUAACCCCGGAUCAGAGUGUAUAUCAGAUGAUGUUAAGUUGGUACAAAAAUUGGGAGAGAGGGGAACAAAGAGCAACUAUUGCAAUGUCAAAACAAAACAUAACAAAGACCAGGGAAAAAGAAAAUGAUCUAUAGCAGAUGAUAUUUGGCAGGAAAAUACCAGAGUGUCUUUGGAACGAUUCUUCAUCACCACAAGAGAACCCAAACCACUCUGGAGACGUAAAACAGUAAAGCUUGUUUGCUUUGCCACAAUUCAAUCCACCCGGGCAGGAUUACUCCAUUUCCUUCUAUGAACUAGCCCUGCCUCCUGGUUUAAAUCAAGGAUAAGCAAAUUAAGGGGCUUUGUCAUUCUUUUUGAGAAGCCUGGAAAGGAAGAUUAAAGAGACCUGGGCUUACACGGAGAGUCCCGACUCUCAGAGAGAACGGGAAACAGAUCAGCUGGAAAUAUUUACUCUCAGUUUGCUGAGCCACUCUGCAACAAGAUGCACCAAUUACUGCCGGAAUGGUCCACAUACAGGACGUCCUGGUACUGAGAAAGACAGAUUUCAAAUCAACUGAACAAGUUGGUGUGGAUGGGCCAUGUGUCAGCACUCGAUGAGGAUCUGUGUGGUGUUGUGCCAAAGCUUGUUCCCCUUUUCUAAAGGAAUAUCUCACCUAAAAAAAUGAAAAUUUCUGUCAUCAAUUAGUUACCCACGAGUGAAUUUUUGAAGAACGUCCUUGCCACUUUUUUCCAUUUAAUAAAGCUCCAAGAUGCCAAAAAAAGGGCUGGAAUGCACAGAAUGUUACUUUGUGUUCCACAUCAUUGUCUUUUUCAUAAUGUUUUUAAUGUGCUAAACUGUCAUUUUUGACCAUUGCACCACUACUUUUUUGCAGGAAAUCAAAAUGGACAAUUCUUAUUUUUUUUUAUGGAAUAUUGCAGAAGGCUAUUUAUUAUAAAUGCUCAAUCCUUGCACAUCAUUAUGUUUUUUUUUUAAAUUCAUGUGCCAAUCAAAGUAACUUCCCCACCCUCUUACAACGACAUCUCUUUUUUUUUUUGAUGAUGCGUUUACUGGUGAAAGGGCGGGACAACCUGUCACUCAAAUGAGAUCGACCAAUAGCAAACCACAACAAUCCAAUCAAUUCCCCAUGGACAAAAUCAAGUCCCGCCCUACAAUUUUACUUGUUUGAGAAGCCGUCUCUCUCAAAUAUGUGUCACAAUAAGGAAGAAAACACUAUCACAACUUAAAAAGGGUUAGUUCAACGAAAAAUUUAAAUUCUGUCAUUAAUUACUCACCCUCAUGUCGUUACACAUCCGUAAGACCUUCGUUCAUCUUUGGAACACAUAUUAAGAUGUUUU